AUGGGGUCUCAGGCCUCCACGUUACUCGAGGAGAUCAAGAAGGAGACCGACUUUUCCCACGGUCAGAUCAUUCGUCUCUACAGCCGGUUCACCAGCCUGGACAAAGGAGAUAAUGGGACUCUCAGCCGGGAAGAUUUCCAGAGGAUUCCAGAACUUGCCAUCGACCCACCGGGGGACAGGAUUAUUAAUGCCUUCUUUCCAGAGGGAGAGGACCAGGUAAACUUCCGUGGAUGCAUGAAAACUUUGGCUCAUUUCCGACCCAUUGAGGACAAUGAAAAGAGCAAAGAUGUGAAUGGACCAGAACCACUCGACAGCCGAAGCAACAAACUGCACUUUGCUUUUCAAUUGUAUGAUUUGGAUGAAGAUGACAAGAUCUCUCGUGAUGAGAUGUUACAGGUGCUAUGCAUGAUGGUUGGAGUGAGUAUCUCAGAUGAGCAGCUGGGCAGCAUUGCAGACAGGACCAUGCAGGAGGCUGACCAGGAUGGGGAUAGUGCUAUAUCUUUCACAGAAUUUGUUAAAGUUUUGGAGAAGGUGGAUGUAGAACAGAAAAUGAGCAUCCGAUUUCUUCACUAAAGGACAGACCAAACUGUUCCUUGCUUUCUAGUAUUUAAGAACUGGAACUUAAGAGUCCUCCUGUCCACCAACCCCACCUCCACUCCAUC